UAGUGUUGACAACACCACUGGAUUCUCUUAUUUAUCUAUUUCCUAAAGGUUAUUUAUUUGAAAAAAAAAAACAAACAAACAAACAAAAAAAAAAAAAAAAAAAAAACAACAACGCGCAUUUAGGAGGAAGGGAAUGACAUGCCUUAAUGUAUUUCAUACCUGUGUCUGAUCCAUGUGCCAGUCAGCUGAAGCAUGCUCGAAAAAUGAAGCAGCCCGUAAGUAGAAGAGAUGCCGGAGUCUGGCAUCAGACGAAGAGCCUGCUCUACAAAAACCUGCUUAUCAAAUGGAGGACCAAACAACAGAGUCUCCAGGAGCUGAUCUUACCGUUGCUCCUCCUGAGUCUCCUCAUCCUCAUCAGCACCCUCAACCCUCACGUCUCUUAUGGCAGUAUCAGCACUAAGGAGCUGGAGAAUGAUAGGGAACUGACACUCAAAGGUAUCGGUUACACCCCUAUCAACAAUGUCACCAAUCACAUCAUGGAAGAGGUGGCACGGGAACUGCCCGUGAAUGAGGUUCGAUUGGAGAUGUUCUCCACUGAAGAAGACCUGGAGAAUGCCAGUCUCUACAAACCUGAUGGCUACGUGGGGGUGGUCUUCCUGGAUCACAUGUCAUACCGUUUGCGAUUCCCACACAGUCAGCUCCCUCUGCCCAGUGACUUCACUGAAUCUAUAACAAGCUGUGACGCACACUAUGUAAACUGCCGUGCUGCCAACUACUGGUAUUCUGGAUUCAUACGGAUGCAGUCCCUCAUUGAUGCUGCCAUAAUACAGAUGCAGACCAAGCGUCCAAUGUGGAACACAUUAAAAGUGCGUGCAGUGAUGAUGGGUCAUCCAGGUUCUGUUGAGGUCCAGAAGUUCCCUCACGCCCUCAUCUCCAUUUACCUGGUGCUAGCAUUCACACCCUUCGUCUCCUUCCUCAUAGUCAAUGUGGCAGCUGAAAAAGAGCAGCGACUCAAAGACACCAUGGGCAUGAUGGGAUUGUAUGACUCUGCGUUCUGGCUUUCAUGGGGUCUCCUCUAUGCCGCACUAGUUACGACCAUGUCCAUUCUCAUGGCUGUUAUAGCAACCUGCACCCCCCUGUUCUCCAACAGCAACUUCUUUCUGAUCUUCCUCCUCAUCUUCCUCUAUGGAAUAUCUUCUAUCUUCUUCUCCUUCAUGUUGACCCAUCUGUUUAAGAAGCCCAAGUUUGCAAGUACAGUGGGCUCCAUGCUGACGGUGGUCUUCGGAUGUCUGUCUCUCUUCACUGUACUAAUGAGAGAUUUUCCCCAGUUUGCUGUCUGGCUCCUCUGUCUUUUGUCUCCGAGCGCUUUCUCUAUCGGCAUUGCCCAGGUGGUGUAUCUGGAAGCUCAAGGAGAUGGUGCAGUGUUCUCCUCUCUUGGCAAUGGUCCUCAUGCCCUCUAUGUUCCUAUGGUCAUGCUGUUCCUGGACUGCAUUCUCUAUUUGCUUUUAGCCAUUUACCUGGACCAGGUGCUCCCAGGGGAGUUUGGCACAAGGCGCUCUGUGCUGUACUUCCUGCAGCCAUCCUAUUGGUCAAAGCAGAGGAAGCGCUACGUAGAGGUGAGCUCCGUUUAUGAGGGGGAGGUGAAUGGAACGCCUGCGUCUGAUGAAUCAGUGGAGGCGGUUUCUCCUGAGUUCAGAGGCAAAGAGGUCAUCAGGAUCUGCAAUAUCCAUAAAAUCUACAAAGAGAAAGACGGCACAGUGGAGGCUUUGAGGGGUUUGACCUUUGACAUCUAUGAGGGUCAGAUCACAGCCCUCCUGGGUCACAGUGGAGCUGGAAAAUCCACCCUCAUGAACAUCCUGUGUGGCAUCUGCCCUCCAACAGAAGGAACAGCCACUAUUUAUGGCUCCCCUGUGGCGGAGAUAGCAGAGGGAGAAGAGAUGAAACAGCUGGUUGGUAUAUGCCCACAGUUCAACAUCAUCUUUGAUGUGCUCACUGUAGAGGAACACCUGAGGAUAUUUGCUGCAAUCAAAGGGAUCCUGCCUUCUGAUAUUGAUAGUGAGGUUAAGAAAGUUCUGAAGGAUCUGGAUUUGGAAAAGAUUAUGGAUGCCCAGGCAAAGAACCUGAGUGGAGGCCAAAAGAGGAAGCUCUCGGUGGCCAUAGCAAUUCUAGGAGAUCCAAAGAUACUUCUUCUGGACGAGCCUACAGCUGGUAUGGACCCAGUGUCACGCCACCAAGUUUGGUCUUUAUUGAAGAGCCGUAGAGCAGGCAGAGUUACUGUACUCAGCACGCAUUACAUGGACGAGGCAGAUAUACUUGCAGACCGUAAAGCCAUCAUCUCUCGAGGACAGCUGAAAUGUGUUGGCUCCUCUUUGUACCUGAAGACCAAGUGUGGGGUUGGCUACCAUCUUAGGAUGUCAGUGGCUGAAUGCUGUGAGGUGGAGCACAUCACAUCGCUGGUCAAGCAGCAUGUUUCCAAGGCACAGUUGUCAAGGCAGCAAGAGGCUGUGCUCACAUUCACGUUGCCUUUCGAGAGCAUGGACACUUUCCCAGGGCUUUUUGCAGAGCUUGACUGUCGGCCUGACCUGGGUAUAAUUAAUUAUGGGGUCUCCAUGACAACAUUAGAGGAUGUAUUCUUGCGUCUGGAGGCAGAAGCAGAGGUGGAUCAGGCCGACUACAGUGUGUUUAACCAGGAGAAGGUGGAAGAAGGUGGCGAAGCUUCCUCUCUGGAUGAUACAGACCAGAGGCUGUUGAUGUUCUCAGACAACAGGCAGGAUGCAGUAACUGGACGUGCCCUCUGGUGGCAGCAGUUCAGAACGGUGGCCUGGCUGCACAUACUCAACCUGCAGAGAGAAAGGAAACCCAUCAUAUACAAUUUGAUGCUGUUCCUGGUUUUUUUGUCUUCAAUGCUGAUUUUGUCUGUGGCAACAGGAAACAUUCAGAUUCACUCUCCUGAAAGACUGUUUUCACCCAUAUACCUGCUGCACCGCAAUGAAGCUCCACGCAAAUACACCACAAGCCUGCUUGUGCAAAACUCCACUGAUUCUGAUCUGUCAGGGUUCAUCCAGAAUCUGGAGUCUCAGGACAUUGAAGUGGAAAUGAUGAAGAAGCCAGACUACAUGUCUGCAGCACCUGUGAGUGCUGCCAUCAAUGUAACAGGAUCCAGUAAGGAUUUGUCCUACGUCUUAGCAUUUAACAGUACUACUGUGCACUCCCUGCCCAUGGCUCUCAAUGUGCUCAGUAACGCCCUCCUGAAGGGUUUGAACGGCACAGGACGCAUUAAAACAUGGACCAAACCUUUUGACUAUCAAAUCCCAGAUAAGACAUCCUACGCUAUGGUUUACAUUGAGGCAGUAAUUCUGGGGAUGCUGGCUGCUGGGAUGCCAGCAUACUUUGCCAUGGACCACACGAGAGACAGAGAACUGAAGUGUCGGUCGACUCUAAGGAUCUCUGGUCUGAUUCCAUCUGCAUACUGGUGUGGUCAGGCAGCCAUUGAUGUCCCUUUCUAUUAUCUUAUCUUAACCUGUAUGACCAGCACCCUUUUUGCUUUCCAUUCUACAAACCUGUUGACCUCGAGUAACAUCAUGUCUGUGGCUCUGUGUUUGAUUGGCUUCUCUCCAGCCAUGAUCCUCUUCACCUACUGUGUGUCCUUCAUGUUUGUCAGAGUCCAGAGUAACAGAGACUUCUUCUCAGUGGUAUCCAUGAUGUUGUGCGUGGUUUCUGCAUCUUUAGUCCAGUUAUCUCUUGUGAAUGAAAGCGCUGGGCUAUAUCGUAUCCUACACAUUGCACUGUGUUUCUUCAGUCCACUCUAUCCUCUUAUGGGUUGCCUUAAUUGCAUUACCACGGCCACCUUCCUUCAGUCCAGUCAUGAGGAGGAGUUCCUGUGGAAGAGUCUCUUCAUCUCUGUUGUGGCUCCGUAUAUCCAGUGUAUCCUGCUGCUCUUCAUUCUGAGAUGGUCGGAGAAGAGAUAUGGAGGGCAGACCAUGAAAAACGACCAACUUUGCAGGAUUUCCUCCAAUGCAAAGAGCAAAGUUCAGCGGAACCCAGAGGAGAACAUUAGCGAGGAUGAGGAUGUUCAGGUGGAGAAAGCUCGAGUGAAGGAGGCGUUGACCUGUCAGUCCUGUGAGGAAAAACCAGUGGUGGUGGUGAGUGACCUGAGGAAACAAUACAAAGGCAAGAGAGAAGGUUUCUCUCUUGGCAAGAUAAGAAAAGUGGCCACUAAGAACAUCUCCUUCUGUGUUCGCAAAGGUGAGGUUUUGGGUCUGCUGGGACCAAAUGGAGCUGGAAAGAGCACCAUCAUGCACAUGCUGUCAGGGGACACGGAGCCCACUGCUGGACAGAUCCUGAUGGGGGAUUACUUCCAGCCAAUGGAAAACCCCUUGGAGCAUGUGGGGUACUGUCCUCAGGUGAACCCUCUUUGGCCUAGAAUCACUUUACAGGAGCACCUGGAGAUCUAUGCUGCCAUAAAGGGGUUACAUCAAUGUGAUAUCCCAAAUAUCAUUAAGCGUGUUGUAAAUGCUCUGGAACUGAAGGAUCAUCUUUAUAAACAGGCAAAACACCUGUCUGCAGGGCUAAAGAGGAAGUUGUGCUUUGCACUAAGCAUGCUGGGAAAUCCUCAGAUAGUAUUGUUAGAUGAGCCGUCUGCAGGGAUGGAUCCCAAAUCGAAGCAGCGCAUGUGGAGGGCAAUCCGCGCUGCAUUUAAGAACAAACAGCGAGGAGCCCUUUUAACCACCCACUACAUGGAGGAGGCUGAGGCUGUGUGCGACCGUGUGGCCAUCAUGGUCUCUGGUCAGCUACGGUGUAUUGGUUCAAUUCAGCACCUGAAGGGGAAGUUCGGGAGAGGCUACAGCCUAGAGAUUAAUCUCAGGGAGGAGCUCACGGGUCUCCAGCAGGUGGCGCUGUUGCACAAAGAGAUACUAAAAAUAUUUCCCCACGCUGCUCGUCAGGACAGUUUUGCCACCCUGAUGGUGUAUAAAAUCCCAAUGGAGGAUGUGACGUCACUAGCCAAGUCGUUUGCCCAGCUAGAGAGUGCUAAAAAAAACUUUAACUUUGAAGAGUACAACUUCUCCCAGUCAACUCUUGAACAGGUUUUCAUGGAUUUCGCUAAAGAGCAGGAGAACGAAGAGGAAGAGGUGGGAUCUCUCAGCACUACUUUCCAAUGGCAGAGACUGAGACAGGACGGUUCUGUAUCCGUCAAUCACGCUGAAAGCAUAGUACACCAGCUAUGAGCCAAUCCUGUCCAGCCUUUCCUGAAACACCCCUCUUGUCUCUCUAUCUCACUGCAUGUGCCGUCCUUUGCCUUAAGAGCCUUAAACUAAUAGGACUCACAGGAGACUUGACUGUGGAGACUUUGGCGGCCAAUAGCACACAUGCAGAAGAUGUGUGGACCACGAGACCCGAAUAGGCUCUGGUUCUGGCACUUGCUGUUGUAAGAUGGGAUCUGGCACAAUUCGUGUGUCAGCUGUAACACCUAAGCUAGACUUGACCUUUUUUAUUAUGAAGAGAUUUUAUUUUUUAAUUUCCACUCUCUGCCAGUAAGAAAACACAUUUUAACAUAUAACUUCCAUUCACAAGCCUCCUUUAAGGGGUUUACCUGAUAUUAUGUAUGAUGCUCACUGUCCUGUUGUUUCGUUACACCAUAUGCACAUGUAAAUCACUGGGAAGUUAAUUGCAUGGAGCGGGUUCCACAUUAUCAGAAUGGUACCAAUGUCUCACUCACGUUGAUGCCAAAACAUUGCUUUUGGUGUCUGUUGCAUGGGGUAUAAACUUGCAUCUAUGUGUGUUCGGCUAUAGCGUUCUAUAUACAUACUGAGAUUUGUAUUAUCUGAUGUGUGAUGUACGUAUUCAGACAGGAGAAUCUCAUUACAGCUGUCUACCACAGCAUUAUCGCCGAGAUUUACCAGCAUGUAUGGGAUGACACUUGUUUCUUAUAACCCUUUUUUGGGCAGAGUGUGCCCUGCAGGUGCAUGAAGCCUUCUCUAUCUCUGCUGCACCCAGGAGAUCUGCAAGACUCCUUUCUUAAACACCAGCAUAUGUUUCAGGCUUGCACAGAGCUCUCCAAAGAAAAAAGGUUUAUGCGCUCACAGUAAGCAAGCGAGUGGGUUUCAAAUCAAGACGGUAGGAGGACAUCGGUCUGGUUGGUAUUUCUGUCCCCUUCUCAUCCUCUUUUUCUUUUCGUCAGGUGGCAUUUAUUUAGGAUUUUCUUUUUAAUCAGUAGCUUGGAAUGUAGCUCCCACAAUCUGUACCAAACCAUGUAGCACAACAACUUCGUCACAUACUGCUGAGCAAGGUCUUUUUAUUUAUUUGGUUUUAAACGAGAGUAACAAGUGAGGCAGAUGCUAUUGAGCUUUUGGAACCCUGAGCCUUGAAUGUACAGUGGUAUUUUUUGGUGAAGUUUUACAGUGAAGCAAUAGAUUGUGUUCAAUGUGGUUUUUAUAGUAUCCAGUUGAGCACAAUGUAAGGGGUCGUUCAUACCAACCAAACGCAAGUUUUUUUGCAUUGCUUACAUCUGUGAGCAUUGCAGAAUGUUUUGCGCAUGAACGCCACAUUUUUAAGAUGCCGUGUCAAUUUUAAGUACUUCAACUUUUAAAAAUGCUUCUUGAGACACCUGCAUUCUGUUCCAUUUGUUGCAUUGUCUUGCUGUUUUUAAUGCAAGAAUGUGAUUGGUUGGAACAGCCUUCAAAUCUUUGGAGAACUUUGCUUUUAGGAGAUUUUGUACACCAGAGAUUAAACAUGGGCCUAGUUUUGGUUAGUUGGUUCGAGCUAAAUGUGGUGCUUUGAGCAUAGCAGCAAAAACUUCCAACAUUUUUAUAUAUGCAUCUUAUAUGUAUUGAAAUAUUUUGUUAAAUGUAAAAUAAUAAUCUAAUACUUCUCAAUAUCUUUGCACUCCGAGUGACUGUGGCAUCUUUUGUAUACACUCAUUGAGAACUUUAUUAGGUACAUUAUGGUCUUAAUAAAGUGCCCGACAUGGUCUUCUGCUGUUAUAGCCCAUCCACCUCAAGGUUUGAUGUGUUGUGCAUUCUGAGAUGCUAUUCUGUUCACUGCAAUUGUACAGAGUGGUUAUCUGAGUUACUGUAGCCUUUCUGCCUGCUCAAACCAGUCUGACCAUUCUCUGUUGACCUCUCUCACCAACAAGGCGUUUCCGUCCACAGAACUGCCGCUCACUGGAUGUUUUUUUGUUUUUGGCACAAUUCUGAGUAAACUUGUGCGUGAAAAUCCCAUGAGAUCAGCAGUUACCGUAAUACUCAAACCAGCCCAUCUGGCACCAACAAUCAUCCCACGGUUAAAAUCACUGAGAUCACAUUUUUUUCCCCAUUCUGAUGGUUGAUGUGAACAUUAACUGAAGCUCCUGACCCAUAUCUGCAUGAUUUUAUGCAUUGCUCUGCUGCCACACGAUUGGCUGAUUAAAUAAUUGCUUGAAUAAGUAGAUGAACAGGUGUUCCUAAUAAAGUGCUCAAUGAGUGUAUUUCCGUAAUGGCAUCUUUCAAAUAACAACUAGUAUACAUGCACAUUAUCAAGUUUUUUAAAACAUUUUCAGAUAUUCUUUACUAGUGAGAGUGGACUUCCUUUUUCAAUUCUCUGUUGUUUGGUUAAAGUAUUGCAGCAAAUACACAAAGUCUAUGUAUUCUGUUGAUGUCCAGCAUCUUCUCAACUUACAUGUGGCAUUUUGGACGGCCUUUUAGUUGGAGCUAAUCUGUUGUACACAUUUUUAAUUUAUCUGAUUACACAUAGAUACUUUUUUGGCAGUAUAACCUCAGCUGAAUGUGAAUGGGUUUAUAUAAUGACAUGUCUGAAUCAGUCCAUCAAAAUAAAUCUACUGCAAAGUUUUUAAAUCAACAAAAAGAUGCCCUUAUGAUUUUUGCAGCUGGAUGCUGUGGAACAAUUAUAUCUGAUGUUCUGGGCAAACACAGGAAAGUAGUUAAUCUUUAAUGUUUUUUGUUUUUUUGUUAUGUUUUUUGUAUUUCUUGUAAUUUUUUCACAUAUACAGUAUAGCCUGUUGUGUCAGUAAUGUACAACAAUUCUAUAACAUUUAACACUGAACAGUUUAGUCUUUGAGUUGGGAUCAGGUGGUUAUAUUGAACACUGUAUCUAUUUAACCAGACCUUUAUUUCCUGAAGUGCAAUAUAUGAAUACUUGUAUGUGUGAAUAAUUAAUGCAUUAUGUAAACGGUGUCAUUGCAAACUGCAAUAUUAAUGUUGUCUCUUUUGUGAACUCAGAUGUGUCUUGCAGUACAAUGUAGCCACAAAUAUUUAAUCUUUUAGAACGCUUUGCACUCUUCUCCCCUAGUGCCCAUGUCCUGCCCUAUGUAUGCAAAAAAUUGUUUUGAAAAUAAAAUGUUUUCAGGAUGUUUACUUCUGGACCAGUGGAUGAGAAUGAUAAAUUUAUGCAUAUUUAACUUUUUUCCUAGUCUUCUCAGUGCAACAUGCAUAUAUUGGCCACAUGUACAUUGUAUGCCUCAAAUGUUGUAUCAUAUAAUUCAAUCUCAAUAAGGUGAAGUACACUGAUUCUGUUUUAAACCUGUUGUACUUCUUUGUACAACAGGUAUAUAUAUAUAUAUAUAAAACACACACAUGGAAGUAUGGGAAUUAUUCUAUGAAAAAUAAAAAGGUUAAACAAAUUAAAA